AAUAUCUUAUCUUUAUUUUUUUUAAUUUAAUUUCCACAUGUUAUAUGAUUCAUGUUUUCUCCCUCCUUUCUUCCUUCCCCUCUCCUGGAGUUGACAAGCAAUUCAAUCUGGGUUGUACAUGUAUUAUCACACAAAACACAUUUCCAAAUCAUUCAUUUUUGUAAGUGAAUAAUCUUAUAAAACCAAAACCCCAAAUCAUAUACCCAAAUAAGCAAGUGAUAAAUAAUAUGUUUCCAUCUGCAUUUCUACUCCAACAGUUCUUUCUCUAGAGGUGGAUAGCAUUCAUAAAUCCCUUGGAAUUGUCCUGGAUCAUUGUAUCCCUGUGAGUAGCAAAGUCUAUUACAUUUGAUCAUCCCACAAUCUUUCAGUUACUGUAUAUAAUGUUCUCCUGGUUCUGCUUAUUUCAUUCUGCAUCAGUUCAUGUAGGUCUUUACAGUUCUUUACACCACACAUUCCUUAUAGCACAAUAGUAUUCCAUCACAAUCAUAUACCACAAUUUGUUCAACCAUUCCCCAUUGAGGGACAUCCCUUUAGUUUCUAAUUCUUUAUUGUCACAAAAAUUCAUGCUACUAUAAAUAUUUUUGUACAAACAGGUCUUUUCCCAUUUUCUUUUUAUCUCUUUGGGAUAGGAGACCUAGUAGUGACAUUGCUGGAUCAAAAAGUAUGCAUUCUUUUAUAGCCCUUUGUGCAUAAUUCCAAAUUGCAUUCCAGAAUGGUUGAAUCAAUUCACAACUCCACUAGCAAUGCAUUAGUGUCCCAAUUUUGCCACAUUCUCUCCAACAUUUAUAAUUUUCCUUUAUUGUCAUAUCCACAUACUACAUUUUAUUUUAUUUUUACAUUUUAUUUAACUAGAUGAUUUAGACUAUUUUUCCAUGGUUACAAGAUGCAUGUUCUUUCCCUCCCCUCCCUCCAUCCCCUUCCCAUCAGACGUGCAAUUACACUGAGUUUAACAUCACAUACCACAUUUUAUUUUAUUUUAUUUUAUUUUAUUUUAUUUUUUCACAUACCACAUUUUAAAGGAAGAUAAGUUUUUAUUUGGCAGUGUAAUGAUUGAAAAUUCUAAGAGACUGAGUUUCAGGUAAGAAAAUAAAUUUAUUAGCCAGGCUAUCAAUAACCAAUAAAUUAAUUGGCCAGUUAUUAAAUCUUCUCAGCAGCCUUCUACCUUUCUUUCUAUCUCUUACCUCAUAGGAUCCCUUCUUCCUUGCUUCCUCACUAACUGGUGCUCCAACUGCUCCAUCCAGUUUAGUUCUUUGGGUAUUAUCCUACGUUCAUCUCCUGCCUCUCCCCAUGUAGCAGAUUUCUGUUAGCACUUAGGAAGGUUGUUCAAUUAAAUGAAUUCACAGUGAACUGAGCCAUUUGCACCACACAUUGUGGUGUAGUAAGUCCCAUGCUGUUUGCAUUUUAGAAGAGAAUGUUUGUUGGCUCACAUUUUGAACAGUAAAAUUUCUAGCAGCAGUUGGGAUAUAUGUAAAGGGUGGAGGAAGCUUUCUGAGUAACCUUGUAAAGGUGAAAAUCACCUUUACAGGUUGUGAUAAUAUUAAAACUAUGGCCGCCAAGGAACUUACUUAUGAAAUUCCUAAAAUGAAACACUCAAGUCAGAAUGGAAUUUAUGGUGGUUUAAUCACAAUGGGAGUAAGAAAAGGGAGAGGGAGAGAAGGAGAGAGGAGAAAAAGGGAAAGGGGUUAUUCAAUCUCUGGCAGAGAGCCAGAGGGAGUUUAGGCCCAAAGGGCCAAGGUAGAGAAGGAAUCAGUCCUUGACUCACCUGACCGAUCUGAAGGGAAGCUGUCUGGGGGCCUCUGCCUUGCUCAAGCUCCUAGUACGAACUCCCUCUCGCUCCCUCCACAGGAAGUCAGCAAAUUCUAGAGGCUGUUCCCUACCUCACUUCCCGUGCCUCACAAGUUCCAAUGGUGGCUCUAGCUUGACCUAGGACCGCCCAGAGGUCUGCCCAUUUUUUGCACAUGUCUGUUGAGGGCCAUAUUCUCAAAUAAUUAAAUCUUGAGUUUUUUUUUUAAUUUUUUUUUUAAUUUUUAUUUUUUAAAAACCCUUACCUUCUGUCUUGGAGUCAAUACUGUGUAUUGGCUCCAAGGCAGAAAGAGUGGUAAGGGCUAGGCAAUGGGGGUCAAGUGACUUGCCCAGGGUCACACAGCUGGGAAGUAUCUGAGGCCAGACUUGAACCUAGGACCUCCCGUCUCUAGGCCUGACACUCAAUCCACUGAGCUACCCAGCUGCCCCCUAAAUCUUGAGUUUUGCUGCAGCCCUUCCUAAUCUCUACCUGAGUAGGGUGGAGACUGCAGUUUCCAAGACCUGACUCUGUUACUCCAAGUAUCUUCAUUGUCAUUGAUCUAGUAGUCUAGUAGUUGUCUCUCGGUAACUGAGGAUGACUAUUGUCUUUGUGCAUUUUUGUGUACAAAGACACUUGUGCAUGAAGAUUUAAGUGGAAAAGUCAGUGCACAGAGACAGUCCCCCUCUCUUGGCGUUGGAAGCCUGGGUCCAGUGGCACGAAAAGCCAUUACACCUGGAGACUUCCUCAGCUGCAUGGGAUGGCCGUGUUGUCUUUUGUGCUCCAACACGCCCUAGGCACUCCACAGUGCUUUGCUGCGUCGCCAUCUUAGCUGUUGAACCUUCUUCUUGGUUUCUUCCGCCUGUUCUGCCGAAGCAGUCUUCACAUUGAGCAAAGCCCUGGUUCACCAGGGGUCGACGGCCCGAUGGCUACCCUCACAAGGUUUAGCCGGCCUGUCGAAGCCGUUGCCUGGGGUGUGGCCGCUGCCACAUGCUAGCAGCUACUGGGAGCCACAAGUGAGAGCUGGGGGUCAGGUGGGGGUCAGAGGCUGGAGAGCUGCCCUAGGAGGGCACAACAAGCCCUCCAUACCAGAGAUACUACCCCUCCCUGAACACCCCAUACACCCCAAUUAUCAUUGAUCAGGAAAUAGCUAAAUCCCAUCCUCCAAAGAAUGGUCUGAACAGGGUGGAGUAGUUUUGAAAUUCACAACCUUUAAAUCAAGCCAUUCUGAGCAUCUUGCAACAGGUCCACAGAUUUAGAGUUAGAAGAGAUCUUGGAGUUCAUCUAAUCUAAUUUUAUCAUCUUAUAUAUGGGAAAACUAAGACAGAGAGAUUAAGUGAUAUGUCCAAAGUUAUAAAUGGCAAAGCUGGCAUGGCAAAUGAGUUUAUUUGGUAGAACACAAAUCAAAAUGACUGGUGCUGGCCUGAGAUGUAGUAGAGGACCUUGGCUUCUUUCUUGGCUAACCAAGUUCUUUUUUUUUUUUUUAAACCCUUACCUUUUGUCUUGGAUUGAUUCCAGGGUAUUAGAUUGGUAAGGGUGAGGCAAUGGGGUCAAGUGACUUGCCCAGGGUCACACAGCUGGUAAGUGUCUGAGGUCAUAUUUGAACCCAGGACCUCCCAUCUCUAGGCCUGGCUCUCAAUCCACUGAACUACCCAGCUGCCCACUUGGCUAACCAAGUUCUAAGUGCUCCAAAGGGUCUUCUUCAACUACCUUCAUAGCCAUUGGAACAAAUUGUUCUCAUUGGCCCAUUCCACCAGAAGAAGUCUUCUCAUGCUUGGGGUAGACAACCCCCAACUCACUGACAUGUUUGAGGCCUACACUGUAUGAUCUAGGCAAACCCCCUUGUUUCUAAUUUAGUACAUUUCUCUUCCAAUGCUUCCUCUGUUUAUCUUUGCCUUCAAGAAUCCUUAUUUCCCUUCAAAACUUAUCUGGGAUGCCUUUUCUGGAGUACUUCCCCAACAUUCUAUUCCCAUUUUCUUGCUGAAAUUACUUCAUCUUGCUCUUUAUUUCUCUAUCUUAUAUUUAUUCAUAUAUGUGUGAGUUGUUCCCCAGUAGAAUGUAAACUCCUUGAGGUCAAGAACUGUUUCUUUUUUUGUCUUUGUGUCCUAAAUGCUUAGUACAUGGUAGGUGCAAUCUGCCCUCUUCAGCCAAACAGAGCAAGUCUAAUCCUGCCAAAUGACAGCUCACUUUGGAUACUUGAAAAUAAUUAUGAUGUUCCCCUUGAGCCCUCUCUUCUCUAAACAUUUGUAAUUCAUUCAAGCAGUCAUCAGAUGGCAUAGAUUCAAAGUCCUUUUCCAUUCUGGUUGACCUUCUUUGUUUGUUCCCCAACUUUUCUCUGUCCUUCCUAAAAAAUUGUUGCCCCCUGGCUAGGUGAUCCUAGACUCAAGUUAUUUCUGUUUCACAGGCCUAUCCAGGGGUGAGACCCUGGAUUCUGGAAUGGGGAAGCUAUUUCAGCUCUACUCUUAUUUUGGAGGGAUCCUCACUAGAUCAAUAGGUUUACCUCUCAGCUUUGAAAAACUUGAACAGACCAUAAAAAUUCAUAGCUUUAGAAGUGGAAAGGAUCUUAGAGGCCACCUGGUUGAAAUCCCUCAUUUUAUAGGUGAAAAAACUGAGGACAGGGUAGGAAAGGGACCCUUUGAUGCUAAUGAAAGCUUUGCUCAUACAUGUUUGGUCUUCAAAAUCUGUUAUUUCUGUAGCAUGACUGUCUUUUGACAAUGGAAAAUAAGUUUAGAGAAUAUUCCCUGCGAGAAAGAAACACACCCUCUCCUCUUUGUUUUUAUUCCUAGCCUCUUAUUUUCACCCUACUGUGUUUCUGGCUAUGCUUCAUUAAUCUACUAUAUCCUUUUUCCUCUCCCUGUACCAGCUGGACCUUUGAUCAGGCCAAAGGAAAGCUGCUGGCCAUCUUAGUCGGGCUCCUUUCCAAUAUAUAAAGAGGAGAAUGUAGCAAGGAGAAGGAGAAGCACCACUCAGACCUGAGGAAGAACCUCUCCAGCAGAAAAAAUGGGGCACAGUGAGGGUUUGGGAAGGACUCAUCCCCAUAAGCACCAAAAGCAGUAAAACUGCACUAUACACAUAAUAGGGGUUCAACAAAUAUUUGUUGAUUAAUAAUACUAAUACCAACACUAACUACUUUCCUGGAAAGGUUGUAUGUUUCAGUUAUUAGUUGAAUGAUAUGAAUUAUGAUGCUGGAGGGCAAAUGCACAUCCCUGAAAGAAGCAAGGUAUUUAAUUGUAUUCUGUGCAGAAACACUGGAACCAUUGUCAAGGGAAAUUAUGGCAGAUUCUUUGGGGAAACCUUAAGAGUAGAAGUGAGUUGGUGUUGAUGGUCAGGUGCCCAACAUUUCCAGUAACUAUCCCCUUCAUCCUGUAAACCUGGAACACUACAGGAACUUACCAGCUGACUUUUCUAGGCCUCUUCAGUUCAUCCUUGAAGCAGCCUGACAAGCUUUUAAUCCCUUUUCUCAAAAACCUUCAGUGCCUUCUCAUUUUCUUCAACUUGGUAAAGAGCUGACCAGUGUAGUUCCAACCUACCUUUCUAGCCUUAUUUCUGACUGUCUUUGUAUCUCAAGUCCAGUUGUAUUCUCUGAGAACACAGGAUGUUUUUUAUAAUUUUAUAGACAAAAGAAAAAAAGACCAAUUAUACAAAAUUAGGAAUUCUACAUUCUAAGAACAUACUGAAAGGUACUCUAUAUAAGAUUAUGUGGGGGUACAAUAAGCUCUAGCUAGCCUUAUUAUUGUUCAGUUUUGUAUCCCCUUUGUCUAGAGUAGUACCUUAAAUCUAUUAAAUACUUCUAUAAAUUGCCUAAAUUGACCUAUAUUACAUAUCUUGCUCAUAGUAGGUGCUUAGAAGAGGUUUGUUGGGUGAAGAAAGGAAUAUUUUGGUUCAGGUUAAUUUGAGAGAUGUCAAAAAACCAGCUUAAUUCUAGUACAUGGGGAGAUGAGAAUAUGUUCAAUAUCAGUCUUCCAAUUGGUAAUAUAUAUAUGUAUAUAUAUUUAUAUGGAAUGUAAUCUAUUAUAAUUUCCUGCUUUGAUACCUUAAUAUGGAAUGGAAGUGUUAUUGAAGAUUCUGCAGAGGCAAAUCAUUCAAUCAAUCAAUAAUCAUUAAAUAGUUCCUACUAUGCUGAACAGGCACUGUGCCAAGUCCUAGGGAUAUAAAGAUCUUUCCCUCUGGAAACUUAUAGUUUGUCUAGGAGGAGACAUAUUCUAUAUGGGCCUGUAUAAAACAGAUAUGAAACAAUUUGAGGGGGAAGUACUAGCAGCUAAGAGUGUCAGGAAAGCCUUUAUGUAGAAAGUGGUUCUGUAAUUGUAUCUUGAAAGAACCUGGAAAUUUGAAGUAGAAGAUAAGGGAAUGCAUUCUGCACAUGGUUGAAAAACAGGAAGAAGGCAAGUUUUAUUAGAUCUGAGGAAUAAAUAGAAGUAAUAUUUAUGAAGCCAGAAUGGUAGGUCAGAGACAGGAGGCAAAGUGCUCUAAAUAUCGCACAGGGGAGUUUAUAUUUACUCCUAGGAGUCAUAAAGAGGCAUUGUCAUUUGUUGAAUAGGGAGUGGUAUUGUCAUAAAUGUAUUUUAUAGGGGUGGGGGCAGAGGCAAGAUGGAGGCAUAGUAGCAGGGAAAUUCUGAAAUUGCUCUGAAUAUCCUUCCAAAAUGAUCCUUAAAAAAUGUUUCCAAAGGACAGAUGUCAAAGCAGGAUGAGUGAAGGGACUAUCUAACUAAACAGAACAUGAAACAUAGAUAAGAGAGAGUGGAUUUCCAUGAUUUAAGGGGGCAAAACUGCACAAGAAAAAGAGCAGGCUGACCUCCUCCUACCCCCACCCCCCCACUGUGCCAGAUGAGAGCCAGGACCUAGGCAACCUCAGGAUUCUAGGAGGUAGGCUACACUAACAAAAAAGCACCUCAGACCUAUUCCUGGAGGCUCCAGGCCCUCCUCUGACUGGGAAGUGAAGAUAGCCCCAAGGCAAAACCCUGUGAGCCAGAAGCUAAGAUUAAAAUUACCAUCAACUUGCAAGACAACUAGUCCUUGAGUAGGAAAAUGAGUAAACAGAAACAAAAAAAAGCUUUUGACACUGGAAAAUUUCUAUGGAGAAAAAGAGCAAAAACCAGAAACAACAGGAGAGAGUAAGAAAGAAGAAAACAAAUGCAAGCUCUCCAAAAAAAUGGAAACUGCUCACAGGCUCUGGAUGAAUUAAAAAAGGAGUUCAAGAACCAAGUAAGAUGGAUAGAAUAAAAAUGGGAAGAAAAGUGGGAAAAAGAAAUGAAAGUAAUGUAAAAAGAAAGUAAAAUCUUAAAAGGCAAAAUUGGUCAAAUGGAAAGAGAGACUUAAGAAUCAAAUGAAGUAACAAGCAGAUCCAGAAUUGACCUGCUAGAAUAGGCAAAAAGUUCAAUGAUGAAAAGAGUGCCAUGAAAAGUAGAAUUAACCAGAUGGAAAAGGAGAAUCAAAAGAUCAUGAAUGAAAACUAGUCUUUAAAGACUAGAAUUGGGCAAGUAGAAGCUAAUGAUUUCAUGAGACAUCAAGAAAUAAUAAAAUAAAAAGAAUGAAAAAAUAGGAAAAAAAAGUAAAAUUUCUUAUUGACUUAGAAAAUGGAUCCAGGAGAGACAAUUUGAGAAUUAUUGUACUACCUGAAAGUCAGGAUAAAGAAAGAAAGCCUAGACAUCAUAUACAAGAAAUUAUCCAAGAAAACUAUCCUGAUAUUCUUGAAUAAGAGGGAAACAUAAAUGUUAAAAGAAUCCACAGAUCACCUCCUGCAAUAAAUCCCCAAAUGACAACUCCCAGGAAUGCUAUAGCCAAGUUCAAAUGCUCUCAGGAUAAGGAGAAAAUACUGCAAGUGGCCAGAAAGAAAGAAUUCAGAUAUCAUGGAGCUCAAAUCAGGAUUACACAGGAUCUGGCAGUUUUCACACUGAAGGACCACACUGGAAGGCAAGAGAACUGGGUCUACUACCAAGAAUUACCUAUCCAUCAGAACUGACUACAUACUUUCAGGGGAAAGUAUGAACAUUUAAUAAAAUAGAAGAUUUCCAAGCAUUCCUGAAGAAAAGAUCAGAACUAAACAGAAAAUUUGAUGUCCAAAUACAAAAUUCAAGAGAGCCAUAAAAAAAAUAAAGAAGAAAGAAAAAAAAUUAAGAGCUUUGACAAGGUCAAAUUGAUUAUAUUCCUAUAUGGAAAAAUGAUAUCUGUAAUUCUUAAAAAUUGUUAUCAUUAUCAUGGUAGAUAGAAGAAAUAUACAUAGGCAGAGGGUGUGGUAUUAAGCAGUUUAGGAUUAUAUGUAAAAAAAAUUAGGGAAAAAAGAAGAUUGUAUUAAGAGAAAUACAAAGGAAGAGGUAAAAUGGGGGUAAAUUAUACCACGCAAAGAAGUGUUUGAGGUGGGAGAGGAUACUAUUACAAGAAGGCGAGUAUGUUAAACCUUUCUCUCAUUGGAAUUGGUUCAGAAAGGGAAAAAGAGCCUGAUUUAUUGGGGGUAUAGAAUCCUAUCUUACCCUAUAGAGAAGUAGAAGGGAAAUAAGGAAGGGGAUGUGUGGGGAUGGGAGUAAUAUAAAAGAGGGGAAAUUUGGGGGAUGAUUAAAAGAGAAGUAGGAAGGGAAUAAGAAGGAAGGUGGUGGGAAGGAGAGUAAAUUGAGGGAAGGGGAAAGGGAGUGGUUAAAAGCAAAACACUAUUGUGAAAGGAAAGAGUAAAAGGAUAAAGGGAAGGAUUAAAAGAGGAAACCAAAAUGAUGAGGAAAACACAGAUGCUAAUCAUAACUGUGAAUGUGAAUGGGAUGAAUUCACCCAUACAAUGGAAGCAGAUAGCAGAAUAGAUUAAAAACCAAAAUCCCACCUUAUGUUGUUUACAAGAAAUACACAUGAGGCAGGUAGACACACACAGGGUAAAGGUAAGAGGUUAGAGCAGAAUUUAUAGGACAUCAACUGAGAAAAAGAAGACAGGUGUAGAAAUGAUGAUCUUUAACAAAGCUAAAGCAAAAAAAUAGAUCUGAUUUUAAAAUCGAUAAGGAAGGUAAUUACACCCUGAUAAAAGGCAGUGUAGACAAUGAAGAAAUAUAUGCUCAACAUAUAUGCAUCAAAUGAUAUAGCAUCCAGGCUUUUAAAGGAGAAACUAUUGGAGCUUAAGAAGAAAAUUGACAGUAAAAUUAUACUAAUGGGGGAACUCAACCUUUUCCCAUCAGAUCUAGAUAAAUCAAACAAAAAAUAAUUAAGAAAGAAGUAAGAGAAAUGAAUGAUUUUAGAAAUAUUCAAGUUAAUAGAGAUCUGGAGAAAAGUGAAUAGGGAUAAAAAGGAAUAUACCUUCUUUUCAGUAGCACAUGGUAUAAAUACAUAGAUUGACCAUGUACUAGGGCAUAAAAACAUUGCAAACAAAUACAUAAAAGUAGAAAUAACAAAUGCAACUAUUUCAUAUCAUAAUGUGAUAAAAUUAUAAUUAGUAAAUGUUUAUGGAGAGGGAAAUUAAAAAUUAAUUGGAAAUUAAAUAAUCUAAUUCUUCAAAACUUGUAGGUUAAAGAACAAAUCAUAGAAACAAUUACUGAUUUCAUUGAAGUGAAUGACAAUGAGGAGACAACAUAUGAUAAUUUAUGGGAUAUAGCCAAAACAGUACUCAGGGGAAAAUUUAUAUCCCUGAGUGCCUAUAACAACAAAAAAGGGAAAGAGGAGAUAAACAAAUUGGUCAUGCAACUAAAAAAACUAAAAAAAGAACAAAUUAAAAAUCUUCAGAUAAAGACCAAAUUGGAAAUCCUAAAAAUCAGAGGAAAAAUUAAUAAAAUUGAAAGUAGAAGAAUCAUUGAACAAAUAAAUAAGACUAGGAGCUGGCAUUUUGAAAAAACAAAUAAAAUAGAUAAAGUUUUGGUUAAUCUAACUUAAAAAAGAAAGAAGAGAAUCAAAUUAACAAUCAUGAAUGAAAAGGGAUAUUCAUCUCUAAUGAGGAGGAAAUUAUUAGGCAAUUAUUAAGAGCUAUUUUGCCCAGUUAUAUGACAAUAAAUAUGACAAUCUAGGUGAAAUGGAUGGAUAUUUACAAAAAUAUAAAUUGCCUAGAUUAACAAAAGAGGAAAUAGAAUAUGUAAAUAAUCCCAUUUUAGAAAAAAGAAAUUGAACAAGCCAUCAAGGAACUCCCUAAGAAAAAAUCCCCAGGGCCAGAUGGAUUCACAAGUGAAUUCUAUCAAACAUUUAAAGAACAACUAAUCCCACUCUACAAACUCUUUGACAAAAUAAGCAAAGAAGGAGUCUUAACUAAAUUAUUUUUGUGAUACAAACAUGGUCCUGAUUCCCAAGUCAGGAAGACCAAAAAAAAAAAAAAAAGAAGAAGAAGAAGAAAAAAACUAUAGACCAAUCUCAUUAAUGAACAUAGAUGCAAAAAUCUUAAAUAAAAUACUAGUAAAAAGAUUACAACAAAUUAUCACAAUGACCAGGUGACAUUUAUACCAGGAAUGUAAAGCUAGUUCAGUAUUAGGAAAACCAUUCACAUAAUUGACCAUAUUAGCAACCAAACUUGUGGAGUCCCUGACCUGCAGGGCCCACAAGAGAAGGGGUUCUCCUUUGUGGUAGGGACCAGAGGAGAGGCAGGGAAUCUGAGAACCAGGGUGAAGAAUGACAGACACAGACAAAUCAGUGUUUAAAUAGGUCAGGCAAACCCCUAUGAUAUUCUCCUUGGAAGGAAAAUAUGAGAGCCAAUGGAGCAUGAGGUAGAGGAGGAGAUUAAGUUAGAGAAUGCAAAGCUGAGAGGGGCUAGGCUAGAGCCCGGGAGAGGAGAAGGUUUACUAGAGAUAGAGGGAGAGAGAGAGGUUCCUAGAGUAGAGCGAAGAUCCAAGAGAAGAAUCAUGGGGCCCUCUGUUUUUAUUCCCGUGUGAUUAGGAAGGUACUCUCAAGCACAUAGCAAUCACGUUACAAAGCAUAGACAAUUAAGAUUGGGUGGCAAGGUGAAGGUGACACCUUUUGGUCGGGUAGAUUUCAACCCGUGCUUUUCCCACAGUAUGGGACUCUGCACCAAGGGUUAAUGAGUUUGCCUUAGGCAACUGGCCGGCAUGGCCAGGUCAAGAUUUCAUUCACAAAUAUCAGAGUAUUACCUUGUGUCUGAAGACACAGUAAUCAUACAAUCAUUUAUAUUUCAUAGAUGUGAAUAUGCUUGGAAUGUUACAAAACUAAUAGAAAUCACAUGAUUAUCUCAAUAGAUGCAGAAAAAGCCUUUGACAAAAACAACACAUAUUCCUAUUGAAAACACCAGAAAGUAUAGGGAAUAAAAGGGCCUUUCCUAAAAAUAAUGAGUAUUUAUUUAAAACAAUCAACAGGCAUCAUCUGCAAUGGGGACAAUUAAGAAACUUUCCCAAGAAGAUCAGGAGUGAAACAAGGAUGACCCUUAUCACUCCUACUAUUUAAUAUUGUACUAGAAAUGCUAGCAGUAGCAAUUAGAGAAGAAAAAGAAAUUGAAGGGAUUAAAGUAGGCAAUGAGCAAACUAAACUAUCACUCUUUGCAAAUGAUAUGAUGAUAUACUUAGAGAAUCUGAGAAAAAUAAACUAAAAAGCUAUUGGAAAUAAUUAAUAACUUUAGCAAAGCUGUAGGGUACAAAAUAAACCCACAUAAGUAAUCAGUAUUUCUAUAUAUUUCCAACAAAACUCAGCAGCAAGAGUUAAAAAGAGAAACUCCAUUUAAAAUCACUCUAGACAAUAUAAAAUAUUUGGGAAUCUAUUUGCCAAGACAAAUUCAGGAAUUAUAUGAACACAACUACAAAAAACUUUUCACACAAAUAAAACUAGUUCUAAACAAUUGGAAAAACAUUAAUUGUUUGUGGGUAGAAUGAGCUAACAUCAUAAAAAUGACAAUCCUUCCCAAAUUAAUUUGCUUAUUCAGUGCCAUAUCUAUCAACCUAACAAAUUUUUUUUUAAUGGAAUUAGAAAACAAUAUGGCUGAGUGAUAAAAGGGUGGAUCAAUGGAAUAGGCUUGGGGUAAAUGAACUCAGCAAUCUAGUGUUUGAUAAACCCAAAGAUCCCAGCUUUUGGAUAAGAACUCAUUUGUCAAAAAAAACUGUUCGGAAAAUUGUAGAACAGUAUGGGGAAAAUUAGGUUUAGAUCAACAUCUCACACCCUAUACCAAGAUAAAUUCAAAAUGGGUAAAUUACCUCAAUAUAAAGAGGGAAGUUAUAAGUAAAUUAGGGGAACAUUGAAUCCUAUCAGAUCCACUGCUCCUUCUAGCUACUUGUUGGAUGUCAUCUUAUAUCUCACUAUGGCAGAUUAGAGUAAUUUAUACUUUGUAAGCAUUUAAUAAAAUAUUUGUUGAGUUAAAUGUACAGUUUAGGGAAUUUGAAGGAGAGAAGAGACCUAGAGAGAAUUCAGCAAUUGGGAAAUUAGAGAGGGAGACACAAAAUUAACACAAUUUAGACAAAUAGGCUGAUUGUGAUCUGAGGGAGUAAUAACCACAUCGUCUUUUAGGUGUAAGUGACCAUGCUGUUUGAUUGGGUGAGCUCUUCACUGAUAGAAACUUGCAAAAAGGGUACCCUAGACUUAGUCCACUUUCCUGCUCAGUCUAGCUCCUUCAAGACCCAGAAAAUCCAGAAGCCUGAUAAAGGAACGAGAUAUUAAAUACAGAUUGUAAACUCCUUGAGGGCAGAGACUGUCUUUUGCCUCUUUUGGUAUUCCUAACCCUUAGCACAGUGCCUGGGACAGAGUGGCACUUAAUCAAUGUUUAUUGAUUGUUUGAAUUCAUUAUGAGGUCUGAUGACAUCAGCUAAUAGCAGCAGAAAAAAGAAUGAGAAAAGCUAAAGUGUUUCUUUCACUUCAACCUCAAAAAUACCCCCAUUAUGUCUCUAUCCCAGGAAGUUAGUGCCCUUUCUACUAGGAAGAAGGCAGAAACUCUUCUUCCCAUGGUGCCGCCGCCCCCAUACAUACACCUCAGACUUCAGUGAUCGUAGACCUGCUCUCCCCUUUUCUGUUUCUCUGGGAAGAUCUCAGGGAGAGAAGAGCUCUCUAUGAUCAGUGUAGGAUGGAGCUUGGGGCAUCCUAAUGGUCCUGGGUGGGUCUGUGGCUUUCCCUCUCGCUGGCCUCAUUCCCCCAGUCUGCCCACGUUCCUUCUGUUCUCACCCAUUCCCGAAGCAGGGAAAGCUCCUGCCCCAGGAGGAGUCUAGUCACCCUUCUGCCCAGGAGAGUAAAUGCUUCCUCCUCCCCCUUUGCUCCUCCCUGCCCAGUAGCAGGGAAGCUUCCGCGCUGGAAACUUCCCCCCGGCUUUAGCUAGCCUUGUGGCCGCACUGCUCACCCCGCUUGGCAUGUGGCUCUCAGAGCGGUCCCCAGCACCGCUCACUGACAGGCUCUGCCGUCUGUCCCGCAGCAGCCUGAGGAGGCGGGGCCAUUGCUGGGCUGCCAGAAGGUACAAAAAGUGCGCCUAGAAAAGAGGCUCGCUGAGGAACAGCUAUGCAAAAUGUAGCAGGAGGCUGGAAGGUGAAGGAGAGGAGGUCCUGAGUCAGAGGAAGACCGCUGCCAGCACUAGCCAGCAGCAGCCCGGGGGAAGAGGGGGAGGAGAGAGGGAAGGAACAAACAUUUAUAUAUAGCCCUUGCUAUGUUCUAAGUACUUUUCCAACAUUAUCUACUUUGAUCAUCACAACAACUCUGGGAGGCUCACUACUUACUUCCUGCACAAUGUUCUGGGUAAAGAAAAUGAGACUGUUAGUCCUUCUGAUGCUCCAAGCUGUUGCUCUCCUCCUCUUCUUCCAGUAUUUGUAUGGCCCCAGUUACUGCCCUGGUAGAGCAGAGAAAUCAGGUCCUGUGCAUGUGCUGAUCUUGUCCUCUUGGCGCUCAGGUUCUUCCUUUGUGGGCCAGCUUUUCAGCCAGCACCCAGAUGUCUUUUACCUGAUGGAGCCAGCCUGGCACGUGUGGGUGACCCUUUCCUCUGGCAAUGCUGAGCAGUUGCAGAUGGCUGUGAGAGACCUGAUUCAUUCAGUCUUCCUCUGUGACAUGACUGUCUUUGAUGCCUAUAUGGAUCAGGGUCCAAGAACACUGUCCAAAGUCUUCCAAUGGGAGACUAGUAGAGCACUGUGUUCCCCACCCUCAUGCCCCCUCUUUAAGAGGGAGGCCAUCAUCUCCCAUGAUAACUGCAGGACUGUAUGUGCCAAGCAGCCCUUCAACAUAAUGGAAGAAACCUGUAAGUCCUACAGUCAUGUGGCGAUCAAGGAGGUGCGUUUCUUCAAUCUGAAAGCCCUCUACUCAUUGCUGAGGGACCCUUCCCUCAACUUGCACAUCAUUCACCUCAUACGGGACCCCAGGGCUGUGUUCCGCUCUCGGCAACGCACAGGAUCAGAGCUGGGACACGACAACCGUGUUGUCAUGGGUAGCCAAUGGAAUAGACUAAAGAAUGAGAACCGGCCGUAUCACUUGAUGAAGGUUAUUUGCCAAAGCCAAAAGGAAAUCUAUAAGGCAGCCAAGUUGCUACCAGACUCCCUAAGAGAACGCUACCUGCUAAUACGCUAUGAGGACUUGGUGCACGACCCACUUAGCCAGACCUCCAAAUUGUAUGAAUUUGUAGGGUUACCCUUCCUGCCUCACCUCCAAACCUGGGUGCAGAACAUCACACAGGGCAAGGGCAUGGGGGGACAUGCCUUCCAAACAAACUCCAGGAAUGCCCAAAACGUUUCCCAGGCCUGGCGUUGGUCCUUACCUUAUAACGAUGUGGUCCGAUUACAGAAUAUUUGUAGAGAUAGCAUGAACGUGAUGGGCUACCUUCCUGUACUGUCUGAGCAAGAUCAGAGAAAUCUGUCAUUGGGUCUUCUCUCUCCUCUUGGGAUGCCCUAAAGCUUGGCAAACAAAUGCAAGAAAACAGCUAUGGUCAGCUGAUGCUUCUGAAUCGAAAUAUGUUUAUGAAUAUACAUGUGAGCGUGCCAUUGUGCAUGACUCUACAUGACCAAAGGACACUUGACUUUGUGACUCCACACCUUUACACUGGCUAUCCCUCUUGCCUGGAACAACCCUCUCCUCCCUGGGGUCCUUCAAGAUAGCUUCAGCAUCACCCUCUGAAGGAAGUCUUUCCUGAUCUCCCAAGCAGUUAGUACUUUCCCUUCUAAGAGUCCCUUGGGGGUUAAACAGUGUGUGUAUGUGUGUGUGUGUGUGUGUGUGUGUGUGUGUGUGUAUGUGUGUGUGUGUGUGUGUGUGUGUGUGUGUGUGUGUGUACAUGUGAGGUGUGUAUAGCUCAUAUGAUCUCUGAUGAUUUUUUAAAAAAAUCCUUACCUUGUAUCUUAGAAUUGACACUAAGUAUGGGUUUCAGGGCAAAAGAGUGGUAAGGGCUAGGCAAUUGGGGUUAAAUGACUUGCUCUGGGUAAUACAGCUAGGAAGUGUCUGAGGUCAGAUUUGAACCCCAAACCUCCUGACUCUAGGCUGGUACUCUGUCCACUGAACCACUUAGCUGCCCCAGCUCUGAUGAUCUUUAUCCCAACUUUUACUCUCCCAGAGGAGCCUCAGAAUGCAGAGGAAGACUAUCUUUCCUGCUCAGGGGGGUGAUCCUGCUUAAUAAAUUGGGGUGAGUCUUUAAUGCCAUCAACCCAGAUUCCCAGAAGAAUGCUUUUUUCCACCAACUCUGCCUCAAAAUUAUGAGAUGAAAAUAAUUUUAGUAACUUUUACGUAGCUUUUUGUUUGUUGUCAUUGUCGAGUUGUUUCAGUUGUGUCCAACUCUUAGUGACCCCAUUUGUGUUAUUUUUGGCAGAAAGGCAGGAGGGGUUUGCCAUUUCCUUCUCUACCUUAUUUUACAGAUGAGGACUCUGAGACAAACAGGGUGAAGUCACUUGUCCAGGGUCACAUAGUUAGAAAAUGUCUGAGGCUGGAUUUGAACUCGGGAAAAUGAGUCUUCCUGACUCCAGGUCCAGUGCUCCAUCCAUUGUGUCACUGAUGCCCAGGUACCUUUUAGGAGAAGAUACUGAUGAAGGAGGAGUAAAGAGAAAUAAUUGGUAUAGAACAUCCUACCCCAAAGUGUCAUUCUGCACCAUCAGUAUAUUUAGAAUCCAAAAGAAAGUGGGCUCAAGGUUAGAAAACACCUGUGGCAAAGGGGUCUCCUGGCUAGGAGUCCUCUUCCCGAGUUUGCGGGGUACUCAAGAAGUUCUCCUUAGGGAUGAUGUAGUUCCUCCACUAGGGUCCUUUUGGGGCCAUCGAUCUAUGUUCAUUCUGUCCUUGUCCACCAAUGCAGACACUGCUGCCAGCUGACCCAGGGAUUAGGCUAGUCCCCAAAUGGAUAGCCAGCUUGCUUCCAAAGACCCUCAUACAGCCAAACGAUGGGGUGGGGAGGAGAACUAGCCAAGGCUGAAGCCUGGGCAUCUCCUUUCCUGCCCCUGUUCUCCACUUCAGUUCUUCCUCAGGGAUUUUACUGGAAUGCCAGGCUUACUACAAUCUCUUGAAUGACUUAGGUUCCACACCAGUUUGAUAAUUUACAGAUAAACACUGGGGCAUGACCAGCUUUGUCCAGCCAUUCUGAAUGGGAUUCUUAUGCAAGGGUCACCUAGUUGCCCCCAAAAUUCAUACAAAUCGCUUUGGACCAUGACUCAAUCUGUCACACAAUGACUUUGAUUGAUUCAAGAAAGCUGAUGGGUGCUAUUCAGAUGAUCUAAUCCAAUCAAAAAAUACUCUUACCUACUUAAGAUUUCAGAGCUAAAAUGGAGAAGUUCCAACCCCAUCCUUAUAUAUGUAAUAUAAGAGACGUCAUUGCAAAAAGGGCUCCAUACUAAAUUUUACUUUGUUUCUUACUCAAUAUCAGAUAUACUUUCCCAUUGAAGUGUCUGGUUGCUGGAACUGUGGUGCUCAGAGUAGAGUAGUAAGAGCUGUUCAUAAGCUCAGGUACACUCAUGUUCAAUGGACAUCUCAGGGGAGAUUUACAGAAUUUAGAAUUUAGAAGUAAUGCAAAGAUGCCACGCAUCCUUUUUUUCAUUAUACAUUUUUGUAAUGGAGUAAUCUUUUAAAAUCAACACCCCCAAUCCUAAAGCCAUGUAAACAAGUGAUCAGGUUUUUCUUCUGUGUUUCUACUCCCACAGUUCUUUCGAUGUGCAUAGCAUUCUUCCUCAUAAGUCCCUGGGAAUUGUCCUGGAUUGUUGCAUUGCUAUUAGUAGCAAAGUCUACUACAUUUGAUUGUCUCACAAUGUUUCAUUUACUGUGUACAAUGUUCUCCUGGUUCUGCUCAUUUCACUCUGCAUCAGUUCACUGAGGUCUUCCCAGUUCAUAUAGAAAUCAAGCAGUUCAACAUUCCUUACGGCACAAUAGUAUUCCAUCAAUAUCAUAUGCCAUAAUUUGUUCAACCAUUCCUCAAUCAAGGGAUACCCCCUCAUUUUCCAAUUUUUGGCCACCACAAAGAGUGCAACUUUAAAUAUUUUUGUAAGACCAUUUUUUAUUAUUAUCUCUUUGGGAUACAAAACUAGCAGUGGUAUGACUGGAUCAGAGGGCAGGCAUUCUUUUAAAGCCCUUUGGACAUAAUUCCAAAUUACCUUCUGGAAUGGUUGGAUCAAUUCACAACUCCACCAGGAAUAUAUUAGUGUCCCAAUUUUGCCAUAACCCUCCAACAUUUAUUAUUUUCUUUUACUGUCAUAUUGGUCAAUCUGCUAGGUGUGAGGUGGUACAUUAGAAUUGUUUUGAUUUGCAUUUCUCUAAUAAGGAAGGAUUUAGAACAUUUUUUCAUGUGAUUAUUGAUAGUUUUGAUUUCUUCAUCUGAAAACUGCCUAUCCAUUUCCCUUGACCAUUUGUCAAUUGGGGAAUGGCUUGAUUUCUUGUACAUUUCACUUAGUUGCUUAUACAUUUGAGAAAUUAGACCUCUGUUAGAGAUUUUUGUUAUACCCCCCCCCCCCAGUUUGUUGUUUCCUUCUAAUUUUGGUUCCAUUGGUUUUGUUUGUACAAAAACUUUUAAAUUUAAUAUAAUAAAAAUUAUUCAUUUUAUAUUUUGUAAUGUUCUCUAUCUCUUUCUUUGUCUUAAAUUCUUUCCUUUCCCAUAGAUCUGAUAGGUAUACUAUUCUAUAUUCCCCUAAAUUACUUAUAAUUUCCCUCUUUAGAUUGAGGUCAUUUACCCAUUUUUGAUUUAUCUUGGUAUAGGGUGUGAGAUGUUGAUCUAAACCAGUGAUUCUCAACCUCUCAAUUUGUAGCAAUGAGAAUAGAUAAUGCAUAUCAGGUAUUUACAUUCCAAAUCAUAACUGUAGCAAAAUUACAGUUUUGAAGUAGCCACCAAAAUAAUUUUUUGGUUUGGGGUCACUGCAACAUGAGGAACUGUAUUGCGGGGUCACGGCAUUAGAAAGGUUGAGAACCACUGAUCUAAACCUAUUUUUCCCAUACUAUUUUCCAAUUAUCUUUAGGUUUAUCAAACACUAGAUUGUUGAGGUCAUUUACCCCAAGUCUAUUCCCUUGAUCCACCUUUCUGUCUCUUUGCCAGUACCAUAUUGUUUUGAUGACCACUGCUUUAUAGUACAAUUUAAGAUCUGGUACUGCUAGGCCCCCAUCCUUCACAUUUUUUUUUCAUUAGUUCCCUGGAUAUUCUUGAUCUUUUGUUCUUCCAGAUGAACUUUGUUACAAUUUUUUCUAAUUCUAUAAAAAAGUUUUUUGGUAGUUUGAUAGGUAUGGUACUGAAUAAGUAAAUUAAUUUAGGUAGGAUCAAUUAAUUUUUUCCAAUUGUUUAGAUCACUCAUGCUUUCAUAAUUGGACUGACUGAAAUACCUCUUCCAGCCUUGAUUCGUGAUGGAAAGUUAUAGAAAUAAUUCUCUAAUUUGUCAUAUUCUUCUGAAUAGGGUGGAAGCAUAGGUUCAAAUGUUGGCAGAAGAUGCUUCAUAUCUAGGCCAAUGGACUAUCUGUUCAAGAUCUUGUAUUUUAUAAUCCAACAAAAAUGUGCGAUAAUUUUUUUCUGGGAAAAUAUAUUUUUUUUGUAAAGAUAUGUCUUUAUCUACAAUGUAAUUGUUAUCUGGUGUAUACAGUUAUUUUAUGAACUUAUGGCUGCUAUUUGGUGCCAUGAUGAAAAUUACUUAUUUUUUUAAAGAAAUUUUUACUAAAAGUGUUUGUUCUUUCAUUUGUGAAAAUCUUCCAGGACGGGCAUAGUUAUAAUGAAUGACUCUUGACUCAGCAUUAUUUUGGUGCAAAAUUCUGUCAUUAUGCAUUGUAAUAUAUAUCUCUCAGUAGAAAUAAAUGUGUUGAGUAUUCAAAUGUUGGGCUGGUGAAGUGCAUUGUGUAUCAUGUUCAUCUACCAUCUAGUUGGUUUUUUUUAAACCCUUCCUUUCCAUCUUGGAAUCAAUACUGUGUACUGGUUCCAAGGCAGAAGAGUAGUAAUGACUAGGCAAUGGGCAUGAAGUGACUUGCCCAGGGUCACUCAGCUAGGAAGUAUCUGAGGUCAGAUUUGAACCCAGUCUCAAAGCCUGGCUUUCUAUCCAUUGAGCCACCUAGCUGCCCACUACCAUUUAGUUUUAAUAAAAAUGAACCACACUGAAUUAUACAAUCAUUACUGUGUCAAACUUUUUCACAGAUGUCAGGCAAGAAGCAUAUUAUUUUUUAAACCUUUACCUUCUAUCUUAGAAUUAAUAUUAAGUAUUGGUUCCAAUGCAGAAGAGUGGUAAGAAGAGUGCCAUGGGUGAGGUCCACCCUCACUUGCGACUCCAGGGGUUCCUGAUAGGUGGUGAACGAUCAGUCAAAAAAAUAGCUAACGGGAGACAGCUUAAUCAUUACGGCCACAGGACUGUUUU